UCUACCUACUUAUGGUCUAUAAAUACACUUGUACUCUCUUAAUCUCUUAACUAUACUCUCCUCUUUAUUUCUCUGCUACGCCACAACUCCUUUCCUUUCCUAUCUAUACCAGAAAAGAAGACCAUCCCACCCUCUAAACAAGUAAGAAAAACAAGAAGCAAUGGGUGGUGGCAACGGCCAAAAGGCGAAGAUGGCUCGGGAGAGGAACUUGGAGAAGCAGAAAGGAGCUAAAGGAAGUCAGCUGGAAUCGAACAAGAAAGCCAUGUCAAUUCAGUGCAAGGUAUGUAUGCAAACAUUCAUUUGCACCACAACGGAGGUCAAGUGUAGGGAACAUGCCGAAGCAAAACACCCUAAGUCUGAUGUUUACACGUGUUUCCCUCAUCUUAAGGAAUGAACUGGUCUUAUUUACGUAUGAGGAAAGGGCUCGUAGAGAUGUGUUUGAACCUUCAUCUAUUGUAUCUUAUUCGCCAUUUAAGUUUGGGAGUUAAUCAAACUGUUUGUGGAGUCAUAUCAACUGUACUCGUUAUAAACUACAAACAAUUUUAGUCCCCCGUUGUUUGUUGAAUAACAAGAAUAUGCUUGUUUUAAUUU